CAUUCAUAAGGUUUAAGAUUUAUUCGAACUGGAAGAUGGGGUUUGGUGGAAAUCUCAGUACUCUGAACAUUACAAGAUUAAAUUCAGAAAAAACCAGGGUUUCUCUAUCUGCCCAUCAGAGAGAGAGAAGAGCAGGAGGGGUAAAAUUAUCUAGGGUUUUUUGAAGUAAAAAUUCAGGGAUUUGGUUGGUUGGUUGUUGGACUGUUUGAUGAGAUGGAGAACAAGAUUGUUGAACCAGCAGCUGAAAGGAAACAUCAUUUCUUCAAGAUCUUCCAUGAAGAAGAACAGAAAAGAAGAUUGCGCAUUCCUGUAGCAUUCUGCUCAAGAUUACCGACAGAGUAUCCAGCAUGUGAAUGGGCAAUUCUUGAGGGCCCUAGUGGAGCGUCUUGGAUUGUAGAAGUAAACAAAACCGAAAAUGGCACCUUCCUCGAUGAAGGCUGGGAAUUAUUUGUGCAAGAGAACUGCUUAAAAAAGUAUGACUUCCUUGUGUUUAGGCAUGAUGGUGGAAUGCAGUUCCUUGUUAAGGUCUUCAAAGGAAAUGGGUGUCCAAGAGAGGAGUGUUUUGCCCCUGCUCUUUCUCCAAUUCUUGCGCAAGAAAGUCAUGGUCCACCAGAAGAAUGCAUCACUCCUGUAGUUUCUCCACUUGGGAGAGAACGAAAGAGACAUGCAAGCCCAUGUGGAAAUUCAAUGUUAAAAAUGAGAGACUCUUCUAGUCAAGAGAUGCUUGCUUCAGCAGCAACAGCAGUCAAGAGAAAAGUUAUAUCUUCCAGAUCUUCCUUUCCUUUCUUCUGGACCUGUGUGAACCGCUUCAAUGUUUAUGGAGAUCGUAUGACUAUACCGGUAAAAUUUGCAAGAAAACAUUUUCCAGCUAAGGUAAAUGGGGGAGAGAUAACCGAGGUCAUGCUACAAAAUGAGGAAGGCCAGACUUGGGAGCUUCAUGUGAGGACAACUGCACAUGAUCAAUACCUUUUCAGUAAAGGCUGGAAAAUAUUUGCUACUGACAACAAUCUGAAAAUUGGCGAUUUUGUCAUUUUCGAACUGAUUGAUAGACUUCCGGACUCAAAGUUUGUGAUGAACUUCCAUAUCUAUCCAGUCCCAGUCAUCUUUGAGGAUGAUGCAGAUGAAGAUUGAAGCUGUUAUUUGGGGUAUCAGAAGUUUAACUUCUUCGAACUUCUAUUUAGAUAUAUAACCGAUUUGCUUGCUGCUCUAGCUUAUGUUACAGUUGAACUUGUAAUAUUAGGGGAUUUAUUAUAUUUUGCUUAAGCACAUAUUUGCAAGAUUGUUGGCAGAAUCCUAGAAUUGGCUUUGUUUCUUA